AUGGAGAUUCCAUUUGUGCAGCCUGCAAUUCCGAAAUUUGAUGGGUACUAUGAUCAUUGGGCGAUGCUCAUGGAAAACCUUUUGCGUUUGGAGGAGUACUGGGAUUUGGUCGAGAAUGGGAUUUCUGCAGGAACAGAAGACAUCGUUUUCACAGAUGACCAGAAGAAGCACAUUGAAGAUCAGAAGUUGAAAGAUUUGAAAGCAAAGAAUUAUCUAUUUCAAGCAUUAGAUCGUUCGAUCUUGGAGACAAUCCUCAACAAGGAUACAGCAAAGAACAUAUGGGAUUCUAUGAAGCAGAAAUAUCAAGGUUCGACACGGGUAAAGCGUGCACAUUUGCAAGCUCUUCGGAAGGAGUUUGAAAUGCUUCACAUGAAGGCAGGAGAAUCUGUAAAUGAGUAUUUUGCUCAGACCCUUAGCAUAGCCAACAAGAUGAAAAUAAAGGGUGAGAACAAAGGAGAUGUUGAAGUAGUUGAAAAGAUUCUGAGAUCUAUGACUCCCAAGUUUGAUUAUAUUGUGUGUUCCAUUGAAGAGUCUAAAGAUACAACCAUGUUAACAAAGGAGAUGUUGAAGUAG